AUGAUUGAAGCAAAUAAAUCACCUAAUGUACAAGCAUGUUGUUUAGUCCCUGGAAGAUUGAAUGAACUAACUACACUUGGUGAAGGAUUAGAACGUUGUCAAAAAUCACUGAAUAAUUAUUUAGAUUCAAAAAGGAAUGCAUUUCCUAGAUUCUUUUUCAUUUCUGAUGAUGAAUUGUUGAGUAUCUUGGGAUCAAGUGAUUGUGAAUGCGUUCAAGAGCAUAUGAUUAAGGUAAGAUGGGCUGUGUUUUUUUUUGGAGGAACAUGUACAAAACGAAUUGACAGAAGUAUAUAUUUUUCGAUGAGAACAGUUGGAGUUUAA